UCAAACAAGCCGCUAUCUUCUUCUUUUAUCUUUCUUCUUCGCGGGGCAGCCAUGGCCAGAUGGAUCCUGCGCCAGCGCUAUCUCCGUCCCUGAGAGUAUAUUAAGUGGUGGAGUAGUAUAAUUUUCUCGACUGAUAACUCCAUAGCACACGCCUUCCUCCGCCGCCAGUAAUGGCCUUGAUUUUACCUCGGACCAUCCGAGCUUCCCUCCUCCGCCUCUCUGUCCGACAUCUCACCUCCACCACCCUCGACGACCCUCCGCCGCUGCCGACUCCAUCCGACACCUCCCCUCAACCCCUACCACCAAAACCCCCAAAUCCGCGAAUGGAACACCAAUUCGAGUCAUGGCUUCACAAUCUCAAACCCGGAUUCACCCAUUCCAAGGUCCACGACGCCCUCCGGUCCCAGCCCGACCCGGACAUCGCGCUCGACAUUUUCCGGUGGACGGCGCAGCAGCGCCACUACAGGCACAACCACGACACCUACCUCGCAAUGAUGGAAAUCGCCGUCUCAGGUAAGCGGUAUCGCGCCGCCGAGACUCUCAUUGAUGAAGUCCUCGCCGGAGCUUGCUCCGCUAGCCUCCCGCUGUUCAACACCAUGAUCCAAUUCUGCUGUGACCGUAAAUUCCUGUUUAAUCGCGCUUUCGAUGUGUAUAAGAAAAUGCAGAAAUCUGAGGAUGCUAGGCCGAAUUUGGAGACUUAUGCCAUGCUUUUUGGUUCACUUUUAAGGAAGUUUGAUAAGUUGAAUGUGUGUUAUGUUUAUUUGCACGCUGUGAGAUCGUUAUCGAAGCAAAUGAAGUCUUCAGGGGUAAUCCCUGAUGCCUUCGUGUUGAACAUGAUCAUCAAAGCCUACUCAAAAUGCCUGCAGGUUGAUGAGGCAAUUAGAGUUUUUCGUGAAAUGGGGCUGUAUGGCUGUGUGCCUAAUUCGUAUACGUAUAGUUAUUUGGUUAAGGGUUUGUGUGAGAAGGGUAGAGUGAGUCAGGGGUGGGGUUUCUAUCAGGAGAUGAGAUCAAAGGGGCUGGUGCCAAAAGUGACUACCUAUUUGGUUUUGAUUUGUAGUCUGGCGAUGGAGAGGAAGUUUCAGGAGGCGAUCGAGGCUGCAUUUAACAUGAUAGGGAAUUCUUUGUCGCCUGAUCUUCUGACAUACAAGACACUGCUCGAAGAAAUGUGUAGGGAUGGGAAGGGCAACGUGGCGUUUAAGCUUCUUGAGAGUUUUCGAAAGAGGGACAGUAACAUGAACGAGAAGACAUACAAGACUUUACUGGAGGGGCUGCACUUUUCAAGUCGGGAUUUCUAGCUGCUUUGACUUCUUUGCCAUCAGGGAGUUCUCCUUUAUAAACAAUGCCAAAUCCUCCCUUCAACUUCAUUUUUGCGGUUUUCGGUGUAUAACAUGUAUGACAUUGUCAUUGAUGCAACGGAUAACAUACCCAGUUGUUACAUGAUCAAUGAUUGCUCUGUGGUGUUGGGAAAGCCUUUAAUCUCUGGAGCUGCACUUGGACUGGAAGGACAGCUAACUGUUUACAAUUACAAUGGAGGUCUGUGCUAUCGUUGCUUAUUUCCUACUCCGCCCCCUUCAACAGCAUGCCAGAGAUGCUCAGACAGUGGUGUUCUUGGAGUAGGUCAAAAUCAGAAGAAGGUCGCCCAAGAGUGAAGCUUGCUGAGAAAAUUCAACAUUGGCAGAUGAGCAAUUCUGUAAUUUUGACUACGAAAAUUUCACUCAAUCUCCUCUAUCCACGGUGAAAUCGGUCUCCAUUGAAGUUGCACCUGCUUCCAGCAGAAGCCAGAAUGACCAGCAACGAGUACAACGAGAUAAAUUUGAAAGGUGAGACCCAUAUAUUGGUAGAUGUCAGGCCUGCUCAUCACUACAAGAUCACCUCUCUACCGAAGUCCUUGAACAUUCCUUUGGCAAGCUUGGAAUGAAGGUUGUCUGAAAUAGCUACAGCCUUUGCAAGAGAGGAAAGCAACAGGACUGCCACUGGUGAAACCAGUCAAGUUCCUUCUUUGUUUGUCAUUUGCAGAAGAGGCAACGAUUCUCAGAGGGCUGUCGAGCUCCUCCACAAGAAGGGAUUCCCCUUUGCUAAGGACAUCAUUGGAGGGCUUGAAUCGUGGUCACAAGAAGUUGAUCCUAAGUUCCCAAUCUAUUAACGACGGUUCUGCUUGCAAAUAUAAGGGAACUCUUUGUUGCCUGAUCUUCUGACAUACAAGACACUGCUUGAAGAAAUGUGUUGGGAUGGGAAGGGAAACGUGGUGUUUAAGCUUCUUGAGAGUUUCUGAAAGAGGGACAGUAACAUGAACGAGAAGACAUACAAGACUUUGCUGGACGGGCUGCACUUUCAAGUCAGGAUUUCUAGCUGCUUUGACAUCUUGUAUGCUUUUCAAGCAUCGGAACACCCUGGUGAUUAUAAAAGCUCAAGUUAAAUAUUUAAGAUGAUAGCUUGAGCAUUUUGUAUUUAGGGGUUCAGAUAGUUUACCUUCCCUCAUUUUAUAUGAAGAUAUUUUGGCCUGGCA